AUGUCUGCAAAGUCUCGUUUCACGAAGCUUGACGCCUUUACAAAGACCGUCGAAGAUGCGCGCAUCCGAACAACCUCCGGCGGCAUCGUCACCAUCGUCUCGCUGCUCGUGGUUUUGUACCUGGCAUUGGGCGAAUGGGCAGACUACAGGCGCACAAUAAUACAUCCCGAGCUUAUUGUCGACAAAGGACGGAGCGAGCGGAUGGAGAUCCACCUGAACAUCACCUUCCAACGAAUCCCAUGUGAGCUACUGACCCUCGACGUGAUGGACGUCUCGGGCGAGCAGCAGCACGGCGUGCAGCAUGGCGUCAGCAAGGUGCGCCUCCGCCCCGAGUCCGACGGAGGCGGCGUCAUCGACACCAAGGCCCUGGCCCUCCACGACGACGACGAAACCGCCAAGCACCUCGACCCCGACUACUGCGGUGGCUGCUACGGCGCUGCCGCCCCGCCCAACGCCAUGAAGGCCGGCUGUUGCCAGACCUGCGACGAGGUGCGCGAGGCUUACGCCCAGGCGUCCUGGGCCUUUGGCCGCGGCGAGAACGUCGAGCAGUGUAUGCGGGAGCACUACGCCGAGAGGCUGGACGAGCAGCGCCACGAGGGCUGCCGCAUCGAGGGCAGCCUGCGCGUCAACAAGGUCGUCGGCAACUUCCACAUCGCCCCCGGCCGCAGCUUCAGCAACGGCAACAUGCACGUCCACGACCUCAAGAACUACUGGGACACCCCCGUCGCCGGCGGUCACCGCUUCUCACACACCAUCCACCAGCUGCGCUUCGGGCCCCAACUCCCCGAAGAGAUUAUCGAGAAGCUGGGCACAAAGUCCCUGACGUGGACAAACCACCACGUCAACCCCCUGGACGGCCUCGAGCAGGUCACCGACGACCCCAACUUCAACUACAUGUACUUUGUCAAGAUCGUGCCCACCUCCUACCUACCCCUCAGCUGGAGCAAGAAGUACCGCGACCUGAUGACCGACGCGAACGCCGCCCUCGGCCAGUUUGGCCAGAACGACGACGGCAGCAUCGAGACCCACCAGUACUCGGUCACAAGCCACAAGCGCAGCCUGUCUGGCGGUGACGACUCCGCCGAGGGCCACGCCGAGCGCCUGCAUUCCAAGGGCGGUAUCCCAGGCGUCUUCUUCUCAUACGACAUCUCGCCCAUGAAGGUCAUCAACCGCGAGGAGCCAGCCAAGUCAUUCGCCGGCUUCCUCACUGGGCUGUGUGCCAUUCUCGGCGGUACCCUGACGGUCGCGGCUGCCGUGGACCGAUUUGUGUUCGAGGGCGCGGCGAGGUUGAAGAAGCUGAGGGCCAAGGAUCUAUAG